GAUAGGAAAGAAAUUAUGAAGGCAAAGAGGAGAAAAAAGUAGGAAAGUAAGGCGUGCGAGUAAGGUGCUUAGAUUUUAUAGAAUUUACUUCUUUAUUUCAAACUAUAUCGACAGGCUAUGUGAUGGUAAUUGCUUUUUCACUGAACUGUCAUGAAGUGCUCGAUGCCGUAUAGGCAGAGCUGAACUCGCUUUGGUGUAUAGAACAAGACGGUUCUUAGCUGUAAGUCCAGGUUUAAUGGUUAUUGUAAUCAUCAGGCUCUAUGGUUGUUAUUAUAUUUGGUUGUUACGUCCCUGGAGGUAUCGGAAAUUUCAAUUGUUAGACACGCUCGUAAGUAGACAGGUCAUGUAUACCUUUAAUGUGUACUUUAAACAGAAAUUUCAUACUGGUGGAAGAGGAAAAAUCGCGAAUUGUAUAUUCAAAUAAAGACACUGAGUACUUUGAGCGGAAAUUUGUUCUUCAAUUUAUUUCCACAGAAAAAAUAAAAGUUUGAAGCAUAUCAAUUGACAGUAGCGAAUUGCACCCCCUGCUCGAGUUCAGAAUCAAGGCAAGAACCCCCCGAUUUCUGUGAGUAUAAAGCAGCAAACUGCUUCGAUAUCUAGGCAAAGCGAAUUUGUUCAAUGCUGACACUAUGGUUUACCUCGCUUCAUACUUUGCAUUUGCCAACGAAACAAAAUACUUCUGCAUACGGCAAUUCACGUUGACAGAAAAUAUCUGGAGGUAUAACGACAUCUGUGACCAACUAGAAUACACGUUUAUGCACCACCUUUUCAAAGGAUGCAUCGCAGAUUCGCUUCAGAAUUUGACACAAAUGCUGGUUAAAAAUCCAAAAUGCCUCUUCGAAACUGCCGAGCUGUAUUCUAGAGAAACUGGAAUAGCCUUUGUUUUCAUUUACAGCCUUGUAUUUCUGUUGGGGAUUCCUGGUAAUGCUAUGGUUAUGAUGGUGCUCGGGAAAAAGAAGACGAAAAACAAAAGCGAAAUGUUCAUCAUCUCCCUCGCAGUAGCCGACUUCUUGGCAUCUUUCUUUGCCCCAUUUACAUACAUUGCAUUCUACCUUAUUCCGUAUACGAAAUGGAAUCCACCAAAAUACUGGAGAGACAUGUCUGGCAUCGUAAACAUGUCAUCGUUAACAGUGUCUUCGUGGUCACUUGUUUUGAUAGCGAUGGAGCGUCGAAGAGUCAUCGCCAAGCCUUUACAUGGGACAUUUUCUAAAACCUCCAAAUUGCUUGCAAUAUCCGGCAUCUGGCUUACAUCAUUUGCUGUAUAUACACCACUUCUCCUGGCAUACAACGGUUCGCUUUCUAUGACAAUGAUAGCGAUUUCUUGGUAUACGAUGAUAUGGACAGUACUUGGCUGGAUUAUUCCACUUGUAAUCAUCUGUGUAUUCUAUGUCGACGCCGUCAGAUCCCUAAGGAAGCAAAACCUAAUUGCCCUUGGCGGUGAAGCCAUGAAGAAACGGCAAAAGGAAAACAAACGUGUCGUUAUAAUGUUAAUAACGAUUGUGAGCUUGUUCUUCAUCCUCACUCUUCCAACGGUUGUUUUCCAAGCGAUUUUCAUUCAUAUCAACGUUAUGGAUAACAUCCUGGAAUGGAAAACGUUUUGGAAGCUGAAGUUGGUCCAAGAAUGUCUGGGUAUACCAUUGGUGUUGAAUAGCUGCAUCAAUCCACUCGUCUACGCAAAAAUGCAUCAAGACAUACACGCAUUUGUAAAGCGAUGUUGGCAAAAAAUGAAAUGCAGAAAUGUCCCAAAGCAAGAGGCAUCGACAUCAGGGAUAUCAAAUGGUGGUUUAACGCAGGAUACAGCUCUAUGACGAGGCUAAGACAACGAGAGACGUUUUGCAAACGAGGACGAAAACUGUGCCCUUUGUAUGCGAUCUAGCAAUCCUCAAUGUGUAGAUGGCUGGAUGAUGCUUUUUUGUUGAGCGUUUAGUUAUAUCUAGAACCAGUUAAGUAUUACGUUAAAGGAAGGUUGUCCUGUUUGAUUGGUUCAUGGUUUAGUUUACCCAUCACCUACAAUCUCGGACCAAAAUGUUGAGAGAAAAUGCAAUUUUUGUAUAUUUCUACUUUACCUUGCCUCUGUAAAUUCGAAUCCCCCUUCCCCCAAACCAAUGUUGGAUUUGUAGUUCUACCAUUUUUGCUUCAAAAUUGUGCAUUCAACAUUGAAUUGGGGGAGUUAUUUUUUAGUUAUUUUUUAAACAUAGUUAUUUUUUAAAAGAAAGUGAAAAUAUAAAGUUUUCUUGAAAAGUCUCAACUAUUUUCGUCCGGGAUCGUAGUUUGAAAUACUAUUGAUUGUCUGAUUUCCAUCCAGAGUGAAACAAAAACCUGCCUCUAUCGCCCGCCAAAAUUUCUUUUGUUAAGCAUAAAAAUAUUACAAUCGGCUAGUAAAAUAGAGCAUCAUACUGUUUCUGAGGCUAAAAAUUUUACUCUCUUAUCCUCUGAUUUAGCCUGUUAAAGUGGCUGUUGUCAAUGAAUCAACUUCGAAGUUUCAAUAGUCCUGAAUUUAGGAUAAAUGUUUAUUCAACAUUCAAGUAACUUGAUAUAGUUUUAGAGGGAAGCAUUUAAUAGAAGGUUAUAUUUAGCAAAUAAGUGGGUUGGUUUUGCAUAAAUUCAGCAAAAUUUGCAAUUGGGAAAUUUAUUCUAAUUAUCAGGCGUGAAGACGGUGAAGCAACUUUAGAUAACAUUGUAAUCGCAAAAUUUCGUUGGACUGAGAGGACCAACGAAAGCUAGCCUGAGCCCCAGACUCCAAAUACUUCUAGUUUGGGGUCUGGAACUCAGGCUAACGAAAGCAAGCACCGCGCACCAGUCUAAAAGUGGAUGGGCUGAGAUGGGUGUAGACGAACAUUUUUUGAAGCCAUGUCCUUAAGAACGCCGGAAAGCACCCCUUUUUGAAAAUACUUGCUUCUUUCAACUUAUUCCUUAGGCAGCUCGAUUUAGAGAAGAUAACAAUCGCUAUGAAAAUAGGUUAGCAAGAUAAGACGCCAAGAAACUGAACAAAAAAGGGUUUCCAGCCAAGAAGAACUGCUACUGCUUAGGAUCCGUUAGAGGAAACUUUCCAAAGUUCCGUUAGAGGAAACUUUCCAAAGUUCCACUAGAGUAAACUUUCUAAAAUAUUUCUAACCUAUUAUUGCAAACAAGUGGGGGGGGGGGGCUAUAGUUCCUGCUAGCCCAAUGGCUGCGCGAUUCCUGAACAAAAGAUAACAAAACUUUUAGCCUUAUAGCAAGAGAUCAAUUAGCUUGUGGCCCAGACCUGCAAGGCUAGAGAUCAGCUAAAUAGCAUGAAACCGUAAAUCCUCGAAUAAGCUCCCACGCUCGAAUAAGCCCCCCUAAAUAAGCCCCCACCUAAAAAAUCACUUUUGCAAAUAAGCCUUAUUGCAGAAGCAUAAUUGCAGAAUAAUAUCUUAUUUCAAGAAAACUACCACAGGAUUAUAGCUAAACAGUAUUACUUUCUUUGAUUGGAGACCAAAAAGCAAAAAAGCGACUUCUGUGAUGAUAAGAAAUUAUAAUAUUUGUUAGAUCUUCACACAGCACUUUGCAAAUCUUUUAAUGAUAUCAGUUGUUGUAAUUAGAAGCUAAAAAUUCUCAUGUUUAUCUUUUUUACCAUUCAAUUUUCCAUUUCCAUUCAUUUAUUUCAUUCAGAAAAUUAAUUCGUUUUUAUGUCGACCUUUGAGGAAAAUAUACUAAACUUUGAAAUAGCCCCCUCCCCCUCGAAUAAACCCCCACCCAAAAUAUAUCUUUGCAAAUAAGCCCCCGGGGGCUUAUUCGAGGAUUUACGGUAUCACGUGCUUGUAGUUAUAGUUUACUUGAAUCUGUUUAUACGCCCGACUUUGCACGCCCGACUUUCACGAUAAAUACGAUCAUCGUCGAAUCGCAAAGUGCAGCAGACUUUACCGAGGAUUGGGUUCUCAGAUGUGCUAUGCUGGACGGUAAUCAAAUGAGCGCACAGAAUAGCGAUUGUUUGGCUAUUAGCAACUUCCAUAUGAUCAAAUUGUACUCUAGCAUAAUAUAAAAUACAAUUUAAAGUACGAAAUUUGGUUCCUAGAGUCUUUUUCUCAAAACCAGGCCUUUGAUACAAAGCCCCUCUGCACCUCUGUUCAAGGGGGGCAGUUUCCAAUGUCCCAGGAACUAUGAGUUCAUGCGUGGAUUGGCAACUCUUGUUUCUACACAAAGUCAGUAAUGUAAAAAAGAGAGUCCACUUACUUCGUUGUUAUAAGAAUGGAAAGUGGUACACUCUUUUUAUAAGAAUAUUGUUAAUAAGAAUAUUCAGGCUCAGAAUCAUCAAAUUUUUAAGAAUAUUGUUAGAAUAUUACUCAGCCUCAGCUCGCAGAUUUGUCUCAUUUUCAGCAAGUUGCCUGUUUUGUCAUGUUCAGAACAGAUAAUCGCAUGACUAACAUAUCUCGCCUUUUCAAAACAGCGGCUAUUCUAUUCGAGGGCGCGCAAUAUUCCCCUGAAACGAUGUCAAA